CUUGCCAACUUUUUCUCCUUGUCUCAUUGUUGGGCCCAUUCUCAAAUCCCUUUUGCUCUCUAAAACCUUCACACUUUCAUCACAAUUUACAACUCAUAUUACAUAUAGAGACUCGCUCACUCUUGAGCUCUCUCAAAGUGAAGAACCACUAAGCAAGUGAAAAGAAAGAAUUUCAGUCCACACUUUACAGAAAGAGUGAUAGAGAAACAAAACCUCUUUAAUUCUAAAGCAUUUCUUCUUUUAUCAGAGAAGUGGAGAGCAUUCAGAGGAAAAAAGGAUGGGUAAUCACAGGUUUAGAUUAUCAGAUAUGAUACCAAAUGCUUGGUUUUACAAGCUCAAAGAUAUGAGUAAAACCAAAAACACCUCAAAAACCAAGCACCUAAACAGCAAAAAAGUUUCACCAACAAAAACAGUACAAACCCAGCCAAAGAAUCAACAAUUUUCCAACCCGAGACAUUCUUACUACUUCACAACCGAUCCAUUCAAAGCUGAGAAACUCUACAGUUCACCGAUAAACCGUAAGUCAACAGACACUCAGUUCCCACCAUUUAAUCCACCGAGAAAAUCAUCAAGAAGAAGAAGAAGAAGAAACAAAAUCAGUGCUGCUGCCAGUAUUAAAUAUUCUUCACCCAGGAUUUCUUCAGGUGGUUGUAGUUUCGGAACAAAUUUUGAUUCAACACCAAACGAUUCAAUUCCAUCUCAAGAUCAUCAGAAUCUUUAUGAAUUCAUACUCAAGUCUAAACCAGUUUCGAAUUCUGACCCAUUUGAUGAGAGCUGGUCUUCUUCAUGGUCUAGUUCUUGUAGUUGCAGGAUUAGUACUUCAACUAAUGAUAUCAUUAUAGAUAUGGAUGGCAGUGAGUAUAAUUUCGAUAAGAAAUUAAAUGGGUUUGAGUUGACUCCAAGGCUUGAACUUCCUCCAAUUCUAACAAAACCAUUAAAGUUCAGUGAUAUGGUUUCAGAGAUAAAAAACAGAGAAGUCUCUGUAAAAGUCAGUAAAGAAGGAAGAAGAAUCAAGAAUGUCAAAGAACAGAGAACGGGUUUAUCCUCAUCAUCUUCAUUAUCAGUUAGGAAGUCGGUUUCAAGUUGUAAUUCUUCUCCUGGGAUGAAAUUAAGAUCGAAUUCACCGAAAAUUGGAAGUAGAAAAAUACAGAGUCGAAAAAUGGCGGGUAAAACCAGUACCACAAGUUCAAGAUUAUCAAGAAGUAGCAACGACAAAACAAGCGUUUCAGAUAGUUUUGCAGUAGUGAAAUCUUCAUUAGAUCCUCAGAGAGAUUUUUACGAAUCAAUGGUAGAAAUGAUAUUAGAGAAUAAUCUUAGAGCUACUAAUGAUUUAGAAGAACUUCUUGCUUGUUAUCUUUCUUUAAAUUCAAAUGAGUAUCAUGAUCUCAUUGUCCAAGUUUUUGAACAAAUCUGGUUUGACUUAACUGAUUCUAAAUUGUAAUCAAAUUAAACCAGAUAACAAAAGCUUCAAAUCAUGUAAUGUGUAUAUGAAUAAUAUCUUAUCAUUUUAACA